CUGAGGAGCCGCGGAGAGACAAGCGGAAACCCGAGAAACGACUCAGAUAAAGUGGUGAGCGCGUCUCCGGUGGGCUGCGCACGUCUGCCGCGGUUGGUUUGAAACGUUAAUUCGGAUUAUGGUUCAGCACACGGAGCAUGGCGGGGCGCGGGCUAACCCCGGGUCCCGCGAGGCGACCGACCCGGAGGAUAGCGAGCUGCUGGCGGCGUCGGCGUGCAGCCCCGUGCCGCUGAAGCCGGACUGGUGUAAAACAGCGUCGGGGCACAUUAAACGGCCCAUGAACGCCUUCAUGGUGUGGUCCAAGAUCGAGAGGAGGAAGAUCAUGGAGCAGUCACCGGACAUGCACAACGCGGAGAUCUCCAAACGACUCGGGAAGCGGUGGAAAAUGUUAAAAGACACCGAAAAGAUCCCGUUCAUCCGGGAGGCGGAGCGGCUCCGGCUCAAGCACAUGGCCGACUACCCAGACUACAAGUACCGGCCAAAGAAGAAGCCCAAGACGGACGGGUGUGCGUUUCCUGCGGGGAAGCCACCCGCUCAGUCCCCGGAGAAAACCGGAGUCAGACCCGUUAGUAAAAAUCCCGCCGCCACGAAGAAAUUCUCCAAGUUGAAACCCAGCAAGCCGGCGGUCGGUCCCGGCAGAGCGAGCAGCCACCUCCCGCACCACCAGCACCCGGAUCCCCGGUACCGGUACGUGCUGACCACCAGCUUUAAAACCAGCAAGCUCGUUAAACGGGAGUUCACCGACGAUGAGGAGGAGGAUGAAGACGACGACGACGAUGAUGACGACUCCGAGGAGGAGCGGGAGCUCAAAGCAGACGAGGAGGACGAGCCGUCCCGGUACAGCCUCGCCAAGGUUCCCGCCAGCUUGAGUCUGAGCUCCCCCGCCACCGAACCGGAGGGAAGCAGCAUGUACGAGUCGUCCGGCCGGCUCUUCUACAGCUUCAAAAACAUCACCCGACAGGGCACCAGCACCUCCGCCUACCCGGCCUCCCUCUCCCCCGCAUCCUCUUCCCGGUCCGGUUCCACCUCCUCCUGCUGCGGGGAGGACCUGGACGAUCUCCCCGCGGAGGGGAACGACUUCACCUUGAGCCUCCUGGCCGGCUUCCACGCCUCCUCUGAGCCGUGGAACUCGUCUUCCAGCUCGACCCCGGGGAACCUGAGUCUGUCCCUGGUAGAUAAAGACUUGGACUCAUGCGGCAGCGAGGGCAGCCUCGGGUCCCACUUCGAGUUCCCGGAUUACUGCACCCCGGAGCUCAGCGAGAUGAUCGCCGGGGACUGGCUGGAGGCCAACUUCUCGGACCUGGUGUUCACUUACUGAUCCCGCGGAGGGGGAAUCCAUACCACACCGGGCCAGAGACUGCCGUUUUUCAUCCGCCUCAUCUUCCCCGGAGCCGGUUCUGGGGACCGGGGUGAUGUGGCGGCUGCUGCCCGGGCUCAGGUUGCGCAGAGCGCAUGGCUUUGGGGGGUACCCCCGGACACACAAAGACAGAGACGGAAUCACCUCAGCAGGGUUUUAUGGAUUUUGAUUUCAGAGUGACUGGUUAACACUAAGACCGGGAGCGUGUUAGCUGCGGCUCCCGGCAGCAGCAGGACUGUACACGGACACUCUCCUCCUUUAGUUUCCAUGUUGGGUUUUCCGGGUGGGAAAUGUCAUUAAAUGUUGAGUUUGCAGCCCAAACCGCCCCCAGCUGCGGCGGGAAGCAUGUUUUGAUAUUUACAGGACCAAACAUACCUCAUCUUUGUAAAGAACCCAGAUUUAAAACUAUUUUCAGCCAUAUUUUUGUACAGUCAAAGGGAAUGUCACAGGGUUUCCAGGCACUUCUUCUUCUUCUACCACUUUUCAUUCAGACUGUUGAACAUUAUCGUUUGUUACUGAGCAUGUGAGGGUUCGAAUCCCAGCAGCCUGCCUUGCUUUAAUGCCUUGCAGUUGUUUGUUGUUGCGGACAGGGAGCCAGGCGGCGGAGUGUAUAUGUUGUGUAAAAUAGUUCAAGUUGAGGACUUUGUGUACAUGUGUGUGAGUGAUCGCAGGAGAGAAACUGGAUUUUCGGUUCGUUUUUUUAAAUCAGGCACAUUUUUGUUUUUGCUCAUUAUUUUUGUGCAAUAUAAAAGAAAAGAGGAAAAAAUAAAGGAGCAUCCCGAGUUUUUUUGUAGCAGAAGGAGAAACUGCAUUAACUUGUCCUUCAUGAUGAAGUCUGUA